CCCCCUACACUUGCACGAGAAGAAGGAGAAGAGAGGACGAAAGGCACCCACGGAUUUUGUCCGGGACUGUUUUUCUGUGUGUGGGACAGAGAGCUGUGACUGUGCGGCUCCAUUGUUUUUUAAACCCCCCGCCCCCCCCCCACCGACCCACCGCAGCUCCGCUGUGAACUGACUGAAACAGCAGGAUGUCAACACAUUUCAGGAGCGGACCUGCCUUCGGGCUGUCUGCCGAGGUCAAGAGUAAGCUCGCAGGGAAGUACGACCCCCAGAAGGAAGAGGAGCUGAGGCUGUGGAUUCAGGACGUGACUGGCAAGAAGAUAGGAGACCACUUCAUGGAGAGUCUGAAGGACGGAGUCCUGUUGUGCGAACUCAUUAAUGUUCUCGAGCCAGGUUCUGUGAGAAAGAUCAGCAACUCCAGUCAAAACUGGCACCAGCUGGAAAACAUCGGGAAUUUUGUCCGUGCGAUCACCGAGUACGGCCUGAGGCCAAAUGACAUCUUUGAGGCCAACGAUCUGUUUGAGAAUGUCAACCACACUCAGGUCCAGUGCACGCUCAUCACUCUGGCUGGAAUGGCCAAGUCCAAAGGUUUCCACUCCAAGUACGACUUGGGAGUGAAGUACGCCGAGAAGCAGCAGCGGCGCUUCGCCCCGGAGAAGCUGAGGGAGGGACGCAACGUCAUCGGCCUGCAGAUGGGCACCAACAAGCUCGCCAGCCAAAAGGGCAUGACCUCUUAUGGCACACGGCGCCAUCUGUAUGAUUCCAAGAUAGGCAUGGACAACCCGCUGGACCAGUCGACUAUCAGCCUACAGAUGGGCACCAACAAGGGAGCCAGCCAGUCUGGCAUGACAGCUCCGGGGACCAGGAGGCACAUCUUUGACAAGAAGCUGGAGCUGGAGAACUGUGACACCACCACCAUCUCCCUGCAGAUGGGCACCAACAAAGUGGCCUCCCAGCAGGGCAUGACCUCCUACGGCCUGCCGCGCCAGGUCUACGACAACAAGUACUGCACCAACCCCACCGAGAGCUUCGACAACGGGGGCGAGGCGGAGUUCGACGGCUAUGCCCAGUACUCAGAUUAAACAAAAAACAUCCACACAAAAACCCCACGGACAGCCACACUGCCCCCCCUCUCCUCCCGCCCUCCUCCGUUUUGCUUUCACUUCAGACGGCCGACCACAGCUGUCUUUGUGAUGAGCAAAACCCCCAGACUUUUUAUUUAACAGCGAUUGAUGCCCUUGUUGUCUUUAUUGACCGAUCUUUUCCCCUAAACAUAUUUUUUAAUUCUUAGGACUUUUACUGUUCUUUCCUCCAGCAAAAAAAUAAAGUGUUUACACUGACCCCACGUCAAAAACAUUUCACGCAUUGGCCAACUUUUGUAUUUCAUUGUGCUGAUCAAUUUUAUCAAAAAAAUACCCACAACACUUAGAAAUUGAGACCUUUUGCUAUUUAUCGAUUUUUUUUCUACUGCUUUUUCUACUCUACGUUUGUAAUUGUUGAUUUUUACCUGUUUAUACCCCUCACCUCACCUCACCUCCCCCACCAUCCCCUGUCCAGUUUGAACACUGACGAAGCAGAAUUUAAAAAUAAAUUCCUUGAAAGGGAACAAGUGACCGUGUUGGUGCUAUAGAACUUUGACCCAGUUGGAGAAAAAAAAAACCACGGAGCUCCACAGGCUCCGGGAUUCCACUGCUCGGGACGACGCAAGAUGCUCUGGGUCAGCAGAGAUUGACCCGGGGGGGGGCGGACGACGCAGGAGGACUUGUAGCUUUGUGCGGACAUCGCUUUGCUUCAUGAGCACCUGCGCUGACAAAUCCGUCAUGUUCACGCAGCCUGCUGAGUGAGCCUUUUGGCGUAUUCACGGGGCUGAUUUACAUGACUUGUGUGUGCAGGACGAGUCUUUGCUUCUUUUUUUUUUUUGCGGAAGUAGCGAGGUCUGUCACUGCAUUCAUAAAGCAAAAGAGUGAACGCAGGUGUGCCGAUAUCCAGUUUGAUGUUAGGUAGUGAACGUAUAGUCACCGGUAGUUUUUUGUACUGCAAGUGAACCUGUUGUCUUUUCUCACCCAUCCUCGUGGAAACCUCUCCUACUCGCAUCAGUGAACUUUGGCUUUCAUGCUUUUGCUCCAUUUUGCACUUUACCUGGCCUCACCUUGUGCGCCGUAAAACAGUGGAGGGAUGUAACUGAGUACGGUUACUCGGAUGCUGUACAAAUUUGAGGUACUUGAACUUUUGAGUUUUCCAUUUGGUGCCACUUUAUACUUCACAACAUUUGAUAGUAUAGCAAUCAGUCAUUUUUCUGCACACUUAAGCUUCAUUUAACUGAUAAUGCAAAGGGAGUACUUUUACACUGCGGCAUUGCAUCUUUUUAUUUGUGCAAAGUGUCUUUGAGUUCUUUGUCCACCACUGGUAAUAAAUGGCAAUAUCCACGCAGACCCACUGAUAAUUGCUUAUGUUUUAGCCACGUGUAGAGAUGAGAUUCUUCUUCUGAAGGGUCUGCUUCAUACUGUCAGCCCACCGAAUGUCUUGAAUGUAAUGUCUUCAGGUGAGAGUAGCCACAAGCUGUGACGCGAUUCGUUCUCAAACCUUAAUAACAAAGUACGAAACAGACGCGCGUCAGACACUGUUGCCCUUAAUCUGCAUUUCUUAUUGGCUUUGAAUUAGUGCUCGAGCUAAAUGGGCCGACGUAUCUGUGCUCCAGCCUCCAUUCAUGGUCCUUCCACAGCGAAAGUGCCACAGCUGUGAUUUUGGACAUGGAGCAGAGCGCCAUCUAGUGGGAAAAAACAUGUACAAUGACUGUAUUGUCAAUCCAUCAAACGACCAUUCUUAUUUCUUCAAUCAAAUAUAGGAGUGUCGAUUUUUUAAAGUUCAUUCUUUUAUCAUCAUGACAAUCCUGUGAUAUUCAGAAUGGCAACAAUACGGAGUAAAUGUAUCGUAACAUUUCACGUUGAUGUGUCGCUUUCUUUCAACAUUUGUUCAAACUACACCUUUGCUAACUUUGAUUUUUUUCCCCACCCCCAAACGAUAUGCCUUUCACUAAAACAUGACAUUUGUGCAAUAAAAAAAAACACUUCAAAAAUA